UUGAAAUAAACUCGACGCCGUGGUGCGAGUGUCAGCGCUGAAAGGCAGAAUUGAAGUCGUAUAAAAACCCAUCAGGGAUAAUUUUAGUGCAGAACUUAACCCAGUGGAGUAAAGAUGCCAGACACACAGUUUGACGUUGACAAAUUGGAACUUGAAGCCACUAUUGGCUUCUGUGGUCAGGUUCCCUCUGGGCUUAUAGUGCAUCCUGACAGACAACAUUUUAUCUACCCUCUGGGUAGUACGGUUAUUAUUGAGGAGAUCUCUGAUGAGAAGGGACCAAGAAAGAGAAAGCAAGAGUUCCUGACAGGUCACACCAAUGAUGUGUCCUGCAUUGCUGUCUCCAAGAGUGGGCGAUUCUUGGCCUCCGGGCAAAUCACAUACAUGGGAUUUAAGGCUGAUAUAAUUAUCUGGGACUUUGAGAGGAGAGAGCUGUACUGCCGUCUUGUCCUUCACAAAAACAACGUGGAGGCUUUGGCCUUUUCCCCAAAUGACAAAUACCUGGUGUCUCUGGGUGGUCAGGAUGAUGGCAGUGUUGUGGUGUGGAGUAUUGAUAAGAAGGAUGCUAUCUGUGGCUCCCCUGCUCAGGUGAAGAGUGCUGGUACAACCACCUGUAUCUGCUACUCUAACAAUGACGACAAUGUCUUUGUCACUGGAGGAGACUGUACUUUGAGAGUAUGGGACCUAGACCUGGACAACAGAAAAGUACGUGCUACUGACGUCAACAUGGGCCAGUUGAAACGCAAAAUCAAAUGCAUUCAGAUGAAAUCUGAUGACAGCUUCUUUUACUGUGGAACAACAACCGGUGAUAUCAUUAGUGUAAAUGUAAAGACUAAGCUCUACCAGUUUGACGGUCCCCCAAAAGACAAGUUUAGUCUAGGAGUAACAGCUCUGGCCUUGCUGAAGACUGGGGAGGUACUUGUGGGAGCUGGAGAUGGCACAGUCGCUGUGGUCAAGGGGGAGAAACUGAAACGUGUGCAGGGGAAGCAGCAGAAGGUCCAUGGCGCUGUCACAUCGAUUACACUGAGAGGCUCUGGUCACCAGUUUUUCGUUGGCACAGACAAAUCACAUAUAUACAGAUUUAACUACUCGGAGUUUUCACAUGAGAUGAUUGGGACCAGGCACUCCACAGCUGUUAAUGACAUCAUAUUCCCUCCGGGAGCCUCUGAACUGUUCCUGACCUGUGGGAAGGAAGACAUCAGGGUGUGGCAGACAGAUACCUGUGAUGAGUUACUGAGAAUCAAAGUGCCCAACAUGGAGUGCCACGCCAUUUGUCUGGCGCAGGAUGGCAAGACACUCAUCAGUGCCUGGGAUGAUGGGAAGAUUCGAGCAUUUUACCCUAAAACUGGAAAAGAAAUGUUCACAAUUCACGACGCUCACAACAAGGGGGUGACAGCCAUUGCAUGUGCCUCUCAUGGCCAUUCCAUUGUGAGUGGAGGGGGUGAAGGGCAAGUGAGGGUAUGGAACAUCAUCAAUGGUUAUGGCCCCAAAGGACCAGCUAUCACCACCAAGCUGGUAGAGGCCAUGAAGGAGCACAAGGGCAAGGUGACAGCCAUCAAGAUCACCACAAAAGACAAGGAAUGUGUGUCCUCCAGCACAGAUGGAACCUGCAUUGUCUGGGAUCUAGAGAGAUUUGUGAGGAAACAAAUUAUGUUUGCCAAUACAUUGUUCAAGUGUGUGUGCUAUGGUGCGGAGGAGUGUCAGAUGAUCACCAGUGGAACGGACCGCAAAAUCUGCUACUGGGAAAUCUUUGAUGGUUCCAUGAUUAGAGAGUUGGAGGGCUCUAAGUCCGGUUCGGUCAACGCUAUGGACAUCUCCCGGGAAGGCAACCAGUUUGUCACAGGGGGAGAUGAUAAACUGAUCAAGGUUUGGAACUAUAAUGAAGGGGAAGUAACUCAUGUCGGCAUUGGUCACAGUGGAAACAUCACAAAGAUCAAGAUCUGCCCUGCCAGUCGUUUCAUUGUCAGUGUCAGCACAGACGGAGCCAUCUUAAGGUGGAAGUUCCCACAAAGAAAUGCAUAAACAGUUCACAGAAAUGGGGUAUCAGGGGAAAAUUAAUUACACUUCAACUUUAAAAAAGCAUUUUCUCUUAACUGUUCAGUGAAGAGAUUCGAGACUUUGGUAUGCUGUAUAUAGAUAUGUAUUUAUCUGUGUUACUCCAUUCUCUCGCUACUCCUGUAUGUAUAUAUAUAUAUAUAUUACGACACCUUCACAGCAAAGUCUCAUCAACCACUGAGAGCGAUGUGUCUGCAACAUGCCUCAGACUGAACAUCUGACCACGUUUUCAGACAUUACUGUAAUAUUCUGUAUUGUACAAAAUAAAGGAAAUAAUCCAUGUCAA